AUGGCUACCAAGCACAUGUUCGACAACUCCCAGGGCCUCGUGGAGCGCAACCUCCGAGGUACCGUUGCGCAGAACCCCGCUCUGCGAUACUACGCUCAGCACAAGGUCGUCUACAACCCCGCGCACGACAACAAGAAGGUCGCCGUCAUCUCUGGUGGCGGUGCCGGUCACGAGCCCGGUCAGGGCGGCUUCGUCGGAGAGGGUAUGCUCGCGGCUGCCAUCUCUGGUGACAUCUUCGCUUCCCCUUCUGCCGCUCAGAUCUGCUCUGGAAUCGAUCUGAUCAACCACGACGCGGGUGUCGUCAUGGUGGUCAACAACUACACGGGUGACUGCCUCCACUUCGGUCUUGCUGCCGAGAAGGCCCGUGCUGCCAUUGCUUACUCUGGCAAGCAGGGUGGCGGUGUCGAGGCCGUUAUCGUGGCUGACGAUGUUGCCGUCGGCCGAAAGCGCGGUGGUCUCGUCGGUCGCCGCGGUCUCGCCGGUAACAUCUUCACCUGCAAGAUUCUCGGUGCUGCCUCCGACAAGGGCUUCGAGCUCAAGAAGAUCGGCGAGCUCGGCCGCACUCUGAUGGACAACAUGGUUUCCAUCGGUACCUCGCUCGACCACUGCCACGUCCCCGGUCGACCCAAGGGUGACGAGGAGCGUGGCGCUCUCGCUCCCGAGGCCGCUGAGCUCGGCAUGGGUAUCCACAACGAGCCCGGUUUCAAGCACAUGGACAAGAAGCCCGAGCCUGAGGCGCUCCUCGGCGAGAUGCUCGAUCUGCUGCUCAACCCUGACGACGAGGACCGCGCCUACACGCCUUUCGACAAGGAGGAUGCCCCUGUUGUGUUCAUCAACAACCUCGGCGGCAUGAGCCAGCUCGAAAUGAACGCUAUCGUCGACCUCACCAUCGAGCUGCUCGAGAGCAAGUGGAACCUGCACCCCAGCCGUGUUCUGUGCGGCUCGUACAUGACUUCGCUCAACGCCCCCGGCUUUGGCGUCUCGCUCAUCAACCACAAGCGAUUCGAGAAGACCACCGGUGAGAGCCUGCUGGAGCUGCUCGACCACCCUACCACCGCCGCCUCGUGGGUUGGCGUGCAGAGCGGCUGGGGCUCCUCGAGCGGCCACCCUCGCGACCGCAAGGCCGAGGAGAAGGAGGCCGACGACCACCUCCAGUCGGUGCGCAAGGCCGGUGGAUCGGUCAGCGGUCUCGCUGACCCUGGCUCUUCGUCUGGCGGACCCAGCAACCCGGACCCCGAGCUGGUCAAGAAGGCCAUCCUCGCUGCUUGCGAUGCCACUGUCGAGGUGGAGCCCACCCUGACUCGCUAUGACACCAUCGUUGGUGACGGUGACUGCGGUGAGACGCUCGCUCAGGCCGGUAACGCCGUCAAGAAGGCGCUGCAGGAGGGCGAGAUCCCCAUCGACAACGCUGCCGGUACGCUGAUCGCCAUCGGUGAAGUGCUCGAGUACGCCAUGGGUGGUACGUCGGGUGCCAUCUACGCGCUCUUCUUUGCCGGUCUGGUGCAGUCGCUGCUGUCCAACCCCAAGGGCUCGCAGGCGGACGUCAAGGUGUGGGGCAAGGCAGCUCUGGAUGCGCUUGAGAACCUGGGUCGCUACACGCCCGCUCGUCCGGGAGACCGAACGCUGGUCGACGCUCUCGACCCCUUCUGCCGCUCGCUCGGCGCGGGCAAGUCCCUCGCUGAGGCCGUCGAGGCUUCCAAGAAGGGCGCGGAGUCGACGGUCAAGAUGACGCCCCGUUUGGGACGAGCUACGUACGUGGGCAGCAAGGACGACGGAGACAUGCCCCCCGACCCGGGUGCGUGGGGUAUCUGGGCGCUCACCGACGGUCUCCGCAAGGGUCUCGGCCAGUAG